UUAUUUAUUAUAUAAUUUUACUGGUAUUUCUAUAUGUUGUAAUUAAUCAUUUAUUAAAUCUGUUGCAGACAUGUCAGAACAUGUUGAAUUACAUCAUUUACUUGAUGGUGAUACUGAAAGUAAUACAAUAAUACAACAAAAAAGAUUUUCCAUUUUAAUGUGUAAAUCUUGCCCUUAUCUUGGUUUAAUCUUAGCAACAUUAUCAUCAUUAUUUUUUUCAUUAUGCAGUGUUAUUGUGAAGGGUUUAGUCGAAGUAAAUCCAAUGGAAUUAGCAGCAUUUCGAUUUAUGGGUGUAUUACUACCAGCAAUACCAAUUGUAAUAUAUAAAGGAGAACAUCCAUUUCCAAAGGGUCGUAGAUUAAUGCUAAUAUUAAGAAGUUUUGUGGGGACUACUGGUCUCAUGUUAAGUUUCUAUGCAUUUCGGCAUAUGCCAUUAGCUGAUGCAUCUGUUGUAGUAUUUUCUGUUCCUGUAUUUGUAGCUAUAUUUGCAAGAAUAUUUUUAAAAGAACCUUGUGGAUUAUUCAAUGUUAUUACAGUUUGUUUGACAUUGAUUGGCGUAAUCUUAAUAACACGUCCACCCCUUAUCUUUGGACAUACUAUUGAAUCACUUUCAGAUGGACAUAUAAAAACACAACAUGCAGAUUUAUGGGGAGCAAUAGCAGCUUUUUCAGCAACUCUUUUUGGUGCAAAUGCAUAUAUUUUAUUGCGAGCUUUAAAAGGCCUCCAUUUCUCAGUAAUUAUGACAAAUUUUGGAUCAUUUGCCUUGAUUCAGACAAUAGUUAUAUCCUGGGCUAUAGGUGCAUUAUGCUUACCUCGGUGUGGAACUGACAGACUUCUAGUUGUUGCACUUGCUCUUUUUAGUUUUGGUGGUCAAAUACUAUUAACAUUAGCUUUACAAAUGGAACAAGCAGGACCAGUUGCAAUAGCAAGAUCAGCAGACAUAGUUUUUGCUUUUUUUUGGCAAGUUUUAUUUUUUAAUGAAAUACCAAAUCCUUAUUCAGUUGGAGGAGCCAUUGUAGUCACAAGUUCAGUUUUAUUAACAGGUCUAAGAAAAUGGGCUCUUUCAUUACCAGAAACAUCUAAUGUUAAAAAAUCUUUGGGUAUUUUGAUGUUGUAAAUUAUAAAUUAUAAAUAAGAAAAAUGUACUUUUAAAACUACAUUAUACUAUUUUAUUAAAACUUGUUUUUGUA